GACGUGCGUGGCCAAGCCAGCCAGUUAACUCUGUGACUUCAGGUCACGACCCUUGCAUCAUCAGGACCGGAGUCCGAUGAGACGCAUGACUGAUUGACAGCCUGCGCUGGCAUGUGGCUCGGCUCACGACUGAAUAGGUGAUAGCAAAGCCAUGUUAAUGCUUCACCGUGGCGGCCGCUCGGGACCUUUGCUCCGCUUCUGCCCCUUAAAACCAUCUGCGCUCACUCCGGGUCUGACAGUGUCCCGCCACGACCAUGACCACCACCUUCGACGACAUCCUGGAGGAGGCCGGCAAGUUCGGCCGCUGCCAGAAGCGGAUCUUCGCCCUGCUCUGCAUGGUGUCCAUGCCCUGGGCCGGGGUCUACGUGGGCAUCGUCUUCCAGGGCUUCACCCCGACCCACUGGUGCCGAGACCCAGAGGUGGACCAGAGGUCGCGGGAGUGCGGCUGGAGCGCGGCGGACGCCCGGCGGCUGACCUCCCCGCUGGUCAACACGUCCGGACUGAUGGAGCACAGCAGCUGCGAGCAGCACCAGGUGGACUGGAACGUGACCGGACUCACCUGCCACUCGCUGGACCUGGACCUGAGCUCCAGUCCCAGGACCGGCUGCAAGCACGGCUGGGAGUAUGACUACGAGGGCCGGCGCUCCUUCGUCACUGAGUUCGACCUGGUGUGUGCGGACGCCUGGCAGGUGGACCUGUUCCAGGCCACGCUCAACAUCGGCUUCCUGAUCGGCAGCAUCGCCAUCGGCUACCUGGCCGACAGGUUCGGGAGGAAGAGCAGCUUCCUGAUGGCGAGCCUGCUGAACGGCGUGGCGGGGAUCCUGGUGGCGGUGGCUCCCAACUACCUGGCUCUGCUCAUCCUGCGCCUCCUGUACGGCUUCGGCGUGAAGAGCGGCUGGGUGGCGGGAUACGUGCUGAUCACAGAGAUCGUGGGCGUGGAGUACCGGCGCACGGUGGGCGUGGUCUACCAGAUGUUCUUCAGCGUGGGCAUCCUGCUGCUCCCCCUGCUGGCCUACUUCAUCACCGACUGGCGCUGGCUGCAGGUGGUCAUCACCGUGCCCUACAUCCUCUUCCUCUCCUACUACUGGUUCAUCCCAGAGUCCCCGCGCUGGCUGCUGUCCCAGAACAGGAAGGCGGCGGCGGUGGAGAUCACGGAGGCCAUGGCCAAGGAGAACCAGCAGACCCUGUCCAAGAAGAUCGAGUCUCUGUCGGACGACAACGCCGAGUCGCUGACCGCCUCCUUCAUGGACCUGAUCCGAACGCCCAAGAUGAGGAAGCACACCUUCAUCCUCAGCUUCAACUGGUUCACCAGCGCCGUGGUCUACCAGGGUCUCAUCAUGCGGCUGGGAAUCCUGGAGGGCAACGUCUACGUGGACUUCCUGAUCUCCGGCCUGGUGGAGUUUCCCGCCGCCUUCCUCAUCCUCUUCACCAUCGAGCGCAUCGGCCGCCGCCUGCCCUUCGCCACCGCCAACUUUGUGGCUGGCGUCUCGUGCUUCGCCACCGCCUUCAUCCCCGACAGUGUGCUGUGGCUGAAGACGCUGGUGGCCUGCGUGGGCCGCCUGGGCAUCACCAUGACCUUCGAGAUGGUGGUCUUCGUCAACACCGAGCUGUACCCCACCUUCGUCAGGAACCUGGGCGUCUCUGUCUGCUCCACGCUGUGUGACGUGGGCGGGAUCGUGGCGCCCUUCCUGCUCUACAGGCUCGCCGUCAUCUGGCUGGAGCUGCCGCUCAUCAUCUUCGGGUCCCUGGCGUUCGUGGCUGGAGGUCUGGUCCUGAUGCUGCCCGAGACCCGCGGCGUCCCGCUGCCCGACACCAUCGAAGACAUCGAGUUCCCUGAGAGGGCGAAGCAGAGAGCCGCCGCUGCGGCGACGCAGCACCAGCAGCAGCAGAUGCAGAACCUGCUGCCCUGCGACGACCUCUGCUCCAACAAAGACCCUGCCACCGUCUGAGGCGCAGCCUCGCACCGGCUCCUUCACCCCGAGGGUUUGUUCAUAUCUGCACACACACCCGUUUGUCUCCCUGUCCUUGAGAAGACCUCUCCUGGCCGUCACCCUUUCCCCAGCCUCCCCCACUAAACACAUGACUCAUCUGCACCAGGACUCUGGACCAAACUGAGGCUCAACCUCGUGGGGACCAGCCAAAUGUCCCCACGACGUCAUACGGCCCUCACAGGGAUAGUGUAUUGUCAAGAACUGGUCCCCACAAAGUAGGAUAAACAAGCCCCCCCCACACGUGCACCUCCAGGGGCUGGAGCUCCGGUCCUGACCUCCACAUCAGCUCAGGGACUGUCAGCAGGCUCAGGACUUCUUUGGACCUCGAGUUUCCGGGCCCCUGGGGCUCGGUCCAGGUGGAGCGUUGACCCUCGGGGACAAAAAGCCUGAUGCACCUGCGUGGCCUUGUCGGACUGGGAGCCCCUCCAGAGCAGGGCUCAGAGCUGGACCUUCACCUCGGCCGCUGCUGUCCGUGGCCUUCCACGUUUCCUAUUUAUUGUUUUCAUUCUGAAAUAAACAGGGCGAUGUCGUCUCCAUGUUGCGUCACCGAGUCUCUGACGAGUCAGGUCAGGCCUGCAGA